CCCUUUAUUGAAGACUUUGGAUUUAAUUUACGCUUUGUGAAACACAAGCGCUUCGAUCGCUGCGUCAUCAACCACGUGGUCUGAUUGUCACGUGGUCAACCCGGAAGUUUGUGUGCGAUACUCAUGGAAAUGGCCGAGGAUGUGUGCUCCUUGCAAAAACAGCUAAAGGAGAAAGAGAAAGAGAUUUAUUCGCUGAAGAAUAAACUGGCACGACUAGAAAAGAGCCAUACCUCAGUACUGGAGCUACAUGACAAAGUGACACCUCUAACCCCUCUGAGAGACAAAGCAGCUCUCAGCAAUGAGGACAUCCUGCGGUACAGCAGACAGCUCCUCCUGCCUGAGCUGGGUGUACAAGGUCAGCUAAACUUAUCCAAGACUUCAGUACUUAUUGUGGGCUGUGGAGGACUUGGCUGCCCUCUGGCACAGUAUCUUGCAGCGGCAGGAAUUGGGCGCCUGGGUCUGCUGGACUACGACGAGGUGGAGCUCAGUAACCUGCAUAGACAGGUGCUUCAUGGAGAGGAGAACCAGGGCCAGGCUAAGGCUCUUUCUGCUGCACAUGCAAUCAAAGGGUUGAACUCAACAGUGGAGUGUAUUCCCUACCACCUACAGCUCUCGCCAGAGAACGCCUUGCAACUCAUUCAACAGUAUGACAUUGUAGCUGAUUGUUCAGACAAUGUCCCCACUCGUUAUCUGGUGAACGAUGCCUGUGUGCUCAGUGGCAAACCUCUGGUCUCAGCGAGUGCCCUGAGAAUGGAGGGGCAGCUGACGGUAUAUAAUUAUCGUGGUGGCCCCUGCUACAGAUGCCUGUACCCAAUACCCCCACCUCCAGAGACAGUUACUAACUGUUCUGAUGGAGGAGUGUUAGGAGUGGUCCCAGGGAUAAUGGGCUGCUUUCAAGCAUUGGAGGUCCUAAAGAUCGCUUCAGGACAAGGCUCUUCCUGCGGCCAGCAGCUGAUGAUGUUUGACGCUCAAGAUGCCAGAUUCAGGUCCAUUAAGUUGCGCCCCAAGCAAGCUGGCUGUGCCGUGUGUGGACAGAACCCCAGUGUGACCCAGCUGGUGGACUAUGAGGCUUUCUGUGGUUCUGCUGCCACAGAUAAGUGCCGCAAACUUAACCUCCUCUCAAGGAAUCAGAGGAUCACUGUACAGGAUUAUAAAUCCAUACUGGACAACACAGAGCCCCAUCUCUUGUUGGAUGUGCGCCCUCCAGUGGAGGUGGACAUAUGCCACUUGCCUUUUUCUGUCAACAUUCCCCUCUCAAGUUUAGAUGAGAGGAAGACUGAACAUAUCCAAUUACUCCAAGAGAGAAUCGGGGAAUUGAAACAGCAGAUGGCAGGUGUCUGCCGGCCUCCAGUGUAUGUGAUCUGUAAGCUGGGUAACGACUCUCAGAAGGCGGUACAGGUUUUGGAGAAGAUGAGCGGAUCAGAUUUGGACAAUGUCACAGUGAAAGACAUCAGUGGAGGUCUGAUGGCGUGGGCAAUGAAAAUAGACCCCACAUUUCCUCAGUAUUAAUGCAUUGAUCAGAUAAUUUUUCAAAAUAAACUUUUAAUUUAGUUCAUCAU